GCAAGCGUGUUCCGCUCUCAGGGCGACUUGAGGCGCUGGAAUGGCUGGACUAACUUGUGCAGCUCCUUUUUGGAGACGCGAGCAACUCGUUACCUGUCCCAGGAAGAGAGAUUAUGAAAGCUAUUUAUGCUCCCUGCUUCUCCCUGCAGAAUCCCGAAGCUCUGCUUUUGCACUGAGGGCUUUCAAUGUGGAACUGGCUCAGGUUAAAGACUCUGUUUCUGAGAAAACAAUUGGACUAAUGCGAAUGCAGUUCUGGAAAAAAGCUGUUGAAGACAUAUACUGUGACAAACCACCACAUCAGCCAGUAGCCAUUGAACUAUGGAAGGCUGUAAAAAGACAUAACCUGACUAAAAGAUGGCUUAUGAAAAUCAUUGAUGAAAGAGAAAAAAAUUUGGAUGAUAAAGCAUACCGUAAUAUCCAGGAACUUGAAAAUUAUGCUGAAAACACACAAAGCUCUCUUCUUUACUUAACACUAGAAAUAUUGGGAAUAAAGAAUCUUCAUGCAGAUCAUGCUGCAAGUCACAUUGGAAAAGCACAAGGCAUUGUCACUGUUUUGAGAGCAACUCCUUAUCAUGGGAGCAGAAGAAAAGUGUUUCUUCCCAUGGAUAUUUGUAUGCUGCAUGGUGUUUCCCAAGAGGACUUUCUACGGAGGAACCAAAAUAAAAACAUGAGAGAUGUAAUAUAUGACAUUGCCAGCCAGGCACACUUACACAUAAAGCAUGCAAGGUCCUUCCACAAAAGUGUUCCUGUGAAAGCGUUUCCUGCUUUUCUUCACACAGUUUCUCUAGAGGAUUAUUUAAAGAAAAUUCAGCAAGUUGAUUUUGACAUAUUCCACCCAUCUUUACAGCAGAAGAAUACACUACUUCCAUUAUCUUUGUAUAUUCAGUCAUGGAGGAAAAGAUAUUAAAAUCAUUUUACUGUAUUGAUACAAAUUUUAUUUGUUU